AUGUGUCUUCUGCAAGCUGUCUUCACCCUCGCCCUCAUCGAUUCCCUCUCUUUCCUUGGAGUGGAUGACCUCAAAGAAUGGCUUCCUCUGACUGUAAACCUCAUCAAUAUCAUAUCUAAUUCUGGCUUGCGCCAAACCUGCGCUGAUCGUUUUUGGGAAGUGUUAAGUAAUGGGGAGAUGGAUGUGGAUCGAGCGCAUUUCUGUGUAGAGUGGUGGAGCACUUGGGGUGGACGUGAGCUCAUCAUUUAUGGAGCUGAGUCUGCUUCUGGCCCUCUUCAGACCGCAGAUGAAAGUGGACCUUAUAUGAGUGGUGCUGUGGGAAGAGUGGCACCUGAGAGUAAAUUGUGA